AUGGCAGGCGUGGCGCCGCUGCCGAUUGCGGGUCCAUGCUCGGCGGUCACGAUCGGCAAGCACAUAUGUGUGCUUCUCCACGGCCGGUCCGUCGUGCGCUACUCGCCGACCGACGAUACGUACGUGACGAUGGCGAACCUCCCGCUCCCCGAGUGGUACUGCUUUGACGCGGACGUGGCCGGUACAACCAUCUAUGCACUCGGCGGCAUCUCCAAGGGCGUCUGGUCGCGCGAGUUUUACGCCUACGACACGAUCGCCAACACGUGGGCGCGGCUGCCACCGAUGAAGAAGCGUCGGAAGAGCAGCAGCGCCCGUUCCGCGUACGUGUGGCUCUUUGACGCGUCCAAGCAGUGCAUCGGCGCGGGCUGGGCGCACGCGGCGAACCUCACGAUUGCGAUUUUGCUCAUGCAAUACUCGACCGAGAAGGAAAACGCCGACGAGUGCGCCUUUUACUUUAUCAACUUUAAUCUCGACACGAGCUUUGGCGUCGCGCUCAACUGGUUCCUCCUCCACUGCUCCGUGCUCCUUGCGGAAGCGCUCCAAGUGCUGGGCUUCUACGGCAACCCGAUCCGGACGCGCGUGUGGCUCAUCCAGCUCGGCGUGUGGCUCGUCAUCAUCAUCAUGACCAAGCUCAUCAUCGGCCGCGUCAUCUUGUGGUUCGAGCGCCCCAUCAAUGCGUUUGCGAAUGUGCUUUUCGAGCCGCUCUCGGACUUUCCGCGGCUCGAGCUCGUCCUCGUCAUGAUCGCGUGCCCCGUGACGAUGAACGUUGUUCAGUUUUGGGUCACCGACAACUUUCUCAAGAAGCACGACAGCGACGUCAAGGCCGCGGACGAGAACACGCCGCUGACCAUCAAGCCCCACGACACGUACGUCUAAUGUACGCGAGACGGGCUUGAGAGACAAAGAUAUAUUAGAAUAAGCAACAUACACGUACUACGCAGUACGAUUCAAUCGUUCCAUCAUACUAAGAUCAAUGGCAGUAAAAAGGUAGUAAAUGUGAGAUCAAUCAACCGGGGAUCCCG